AUGGAGGAAGAUCAAAAUUUGCCCAUUUUAUAUUUUCAUCAUGAAGACUUCGAUGAUAAUCUUUUGAUUCGCAUAAUCGAAUUAGCUGCUGAGGCUGCAAAUCUGAUCAUAAAGGUAUCAGGGUGUCUAUCACAGGAGUUCAUAGCAAAUACGCUUAAUUUUCGAAGUCCUCGACGUGCAUCAUGCUUGAUGGCAUCACCCCCUACUGAUCCACCUGAUAAGGUUAAAUCAGAAUCUUGCUUUUGGCCUUAUUUCAAGGACUGUAUCGGUGCAAUAGAUGGGACUCAUAUACCGUGCAUGGUGUAUAACAUAGAUCAGACGCCCUAUCGAAAUAGACAUGGUUUUCUCUCUCAGAACGUCUUGGCAGCUUGCACAUUUGAUCUCAAAUUCAUUUAUGUCUUAGCUGGGUGGGAGGGUUCUGCUAAUGAUGCAAGAGUCUUGAAGGAUGCAAUGAGUAGACCUUAUGGACUUCCACUUCCACAGAAUAAAUUUUAUCUAGUUGACUACGGCUAUCCAAAUAGGCUACAAUUUCUUGCUUCAUACCGAGGUCAAAGGUACCAUCUUUCAGAGUUCGGUCUUGCUAAUAAUCGACAACGACCACGAAAUUCAAAAGAAGUUUUCAAUCAUCGGCAUGCGUCUCUUAGAAAUUGUGUCGAGCGCAUCUUUGGAGUUUUUAAGUCUAGAUUCACUAUUUUCAAGAGCCAACCUCCUGGUUUUCCGUAUGCCACACAAAUAAAGAUGUUCGUUGCAUGUGUAGGAUUGCAUAACUUUUUAAGAUUGGAGAAUACAAAUGAUGACUUCGACAUUUAUGAUCUUCCACUAGAAGCUUCACGAAAUGUUGCAGAUGCAAAUGAUGACUCCGAUGAAGAAGAUGAGUUACAGACUCAACAGACUCAACGAGCAGCUGCGGGAGCUUGGAGAAAUUCUAUGACAGAGGCCAUGUGCGAUGAUGUAAGUCGAAUCACGCUAGGAAUUUAG